GCGUAACCAUUGAAAAAAAAAAAACAAGACAAAAACCCAGAGGUGACGAGCUGAGUAACACUGCUCUGAGCAGAGCACCGCUGCAAUCAAUCUUCAGACUCCCACUCCUCCCCGUCUUCCAGGCUUCCAGCAACAAUCUCCUCUCGUUUGCAGCAACUAGGCCGAAUGUCUCUUUUGCCCUGUCCUCCCCUCUCUCUAAUUUUCUCUCCUUCUGCUUCCGUCGGUCUUCUCCCCCCGCGCGUCAUCACAACAGCGCCUCCCUUGAAGAGACUUCGGCAGCCUUCCCCCUCUCUUCCCUUCUCCUCCUCCACAACCUUCAAUAAGCAAAACCUUUGCUGCUGCAGCCGCGCCUCGAUGCCCCUCGAGGACCCUUCUCUUUCUCAGUUGCAGGAUAGCUUGCUAUUCUGUAGAGCAUACUGGGUAAGUAAAUCUUUAAUUGCCUGGAAUGUGGAUACUGGAGGCAGUUCCUGCUAUCUAUAUGCUAGUCGACGUGCCGCUUUAGCGAUUACAGAUCAUGGAAUUGAAGGUGAGGAUGUGAAGAUUAAGCUUGAAGAGGACAAUGUAGGGCUUCCAGAAUGCGUGAUUGAAAAGUUUCCGCAUAUCCAAGAUUAUAGAGCCUUCAAGGUCCCUCCUGCUUUGGAUACCAAAUUUCUCCUCAAAUGCCAGUUAGCAGUUGCUACUUUUAGCUUUGAUGGAAAGUGCAGCAAUGCUACUAGUUUGCAGUUACCUGGCAUCCUAGAUGAACUGUUCUCGUAUUAUGGUCCCCUUGGCGCUGUGUUUUCUGAAGAAGCUGUAUCUAUUUACCUCUGGGCCCCCACUGCUCAGGAAGUAAAUGCUUGCAUUUAUAGGGAUCCGUCUGGUGGGGAUCCCCUGGAGAUUGUGCAUCUUGAUGAGGUGAAUGGUGUCUGGAGUACAAAUGGACCAAAAUGUUGGGAAGGCUGUUAUUAUGUUUAUGAAGUUUCUGUCUACCAUCCAAGCUCCUUGCAAAUUGAAAAAUGCAUCGUGAAUGAUCCAUAUGCUAGAGGGCUUUCAUCAAAUGGUAGACGGACACUGUUGGUCAAUCUUGAUUCUGAUGUUUUAAAGCCUGAAGGUUGGGAUAACUUGACAGACGAGAAACCUAUUAUUCGUUCUUUCUCUGAUAUUAGUAUAUAUGAGCUGCAUAUUAGAGAUUUCAGCGCAAAUGACCACACUCUGCAACCCGACUUUCGUGGUGGUUAUCUUGCCUUCACUUCUCAGGAUUCAGCAGGUAUACUUCAUCUAAGGAAGUUAUCUGAUGCUGGUGUCACUCAUGUUCAUCUGUUGCCAACAUUCCAAUUUGCUGGUGUUGACGAUGAGAAAGAGAAAUGGAAGUGUGUUGGUUUUACAGAUACCCGAAUGCUGGAAACAUUUCCACCAGAUUCGCCUGAGCAACAAAAUCAAAUCACUUCCAUCCAAGAUGAGGAUGGGUAUAACUGGGGGUACAAUCCUGUUCUUUGGGGAACUCCUAAAGGAAGCUAUGCAAGUAAUGCAAAUGGUCCGUGCCGUACGCUUGAGUUCAGGAAAAUGGUGCAGGCACUUAACCAUAUUGGCCUUUGCGUUGUGUUGGAUGUUGUCUACAAUCAUUUGCAUGGAAGUGGGCCUUUUGAUGAUAACUCCGUUCUUGAUAAGAUUGUUCCAGGUUAUUAUCUGCGAAGGAACACUGAUGGUUUUAUUGAGAACAGCUCAUGUGUAAACAAUACUGCUAGUGAGCAUUUUAUGGUUGAGCGGUUAAUUGUUGAUGAUCUUUUAUGCUGGGCAAUUGAUUAUAAGGUUGAUGGGUUUCGGUUUGACCUUAUGGGUCAUAUAAUGAAGCGUACAAUGGAAAAUGGCAUUUUAUUUCAAGCACAGAUGAAGGCAAAAAGUGCACUCACUAGACUGUCAAAGGACAAGGAUGGAGUUGAUGGCUCAAGCAUAUAUAUAUAUGGGGAAGGAUGGGACUUUGGUGAGGUGGCAAAAAAUGCUCGUGGGGUAAAUGCAUCACAGUUCAAUCUUUGUGGAACCGGAAUAGGGAGCUUUAAUGAUCGAAUUAGAGAUGCAAUACUUGGUGGCUCUCCAUUUGGCCACCCGCUUCAGCAAGGAUUUGUGACAGGUCUAUCAUUGCAGCCUAAUGGUCAUGAUCAUGGCAGUGAAGCUGUUGUAGAACACUCACUUGCUUCGUUGAAGGAUCACAUCCAGAUUGGGAUGGCAGCAAAUUUGAGGGACUUUGUGCUGACGAAUUGUGAAGGAAAAGAGGUUAAAGGAUCUGAAGUUUCAACUUUUGGUGGGUUACCUGUUGCAUAUGCUCUAUGCCCUACAGAGACAGUCAAUUAUGUUUCCGCUCAUGACAAUGAAACCCUCUUUGAUGUUGUGAGUUUGAAGACUCCAAUGGAACUUUCUGUAGAAGAGAGAUGCAGAAUAAAUCAUUUGGCAACAAGUAUAAUAGCACUCUCACAGGGAGUUCCAUUUUUCCACUCUGGUGAUGAGAUACUGCGGUCAAAGUCACUGGAUCGUGAUUCAUACAACUCUGGUGACUGGUUCAACAGGCUGGACUUCAGUUACACUUCUAACAAUUGGGCUGUUGGCCUUCCUCCAAAAGAAAAAAAUGAAAAAAACUGGCCAUUAAUUAAACCAAGGCUGGCAGAUCCAUCCUUUAAGCCUCAGAAGAGUCAUAUUGUUGCUGCUUUUGAAAAUUUUUUAAAUUUGUUGAAGAUAAGAUAUUCUUCUCCACUUUUUCGUUUGAAGACAGCAAAUGCCAUCCAGGAACGAGUACGUUUCCAUAAUACUGGUCCAUCAUGGGUCCCUGGCAUCUUAGUGAUGAGUAUUGAAGAUGGCCAUGAAGGUGUCCCUGGGCUGUCUCAACUGGAUCGCAGCUACUCAUAUAUUGUUGUUAUCAUCAAUGUAUGCCCAAAUGAGGUCUUGGUUGCUAGCCCUGCUCUUCGGGCAAGAACUCUUCAACUGCAUCCUAUUCAGUUGGUGUCAAGUGAUACCAGAGUGAAGAACUCAAGGUAUGAAGCGUCAUCUGGGUGCUUCACAGUGCCCCCAAGGACAACAUCCAUCUUUGUGGAGCCUCGAAAUGCCUAAGUGAUGUUCGAUAUGUUCAGUCAGUGCUUCGAUAAGAGUUCCUGAUUGAGGUACUUCCAAUCCGUUUGGAGGAGAGCUGUGUAACAUUGAUGGCACUGGAUGUGACAAAUGACCAGAAAAAUAUGUUAUCUGAGUUUGUUUAGGAGACGAUCAAGCAACCAGCAUAACUUCUAUGUCCUGCAAAUGAAAUAUGAAGAUGAAGAUGACCUUCCCACCCGAUUGGAUUUUAGGCAUCAACAUGCAAGGAAAUCUGACCUUUGAAGCCGGAACAUAUGGGAGAAGAAAUGUAUUCCAUUAUGUAGCCUUUAAUUUUGGUCUAUUCUCCUCUUCCUCUGUGAUUGAAAUAAGGGAUAUCUGGAAACUGUUGCUGAAAAUAACCAAAUUACUUGACACAAAAUAAACAAUUAGUGAACUGGAUUUAUUGUUGUAGAGUAAUUAUAAUUAUGUUUUGACUUUUGUUUA